CUGACAUGGUUGCGAAAUUUCGAACUCUUGAUCAAUGGACAUAUUGCAGCAGUCAUAACUCUGAAUUUUUACCAACACAAUGCAUUUGAACCCUGGAAGUUGGGCGAUACUAAUCGCUAAUAUACUCAUUCCGAUUGCCAUUCUUUGUUUCUCAUCCGGCUUUUUCCCCUAUAAGCCUUUACUUCCUGGGUUUGCAAUAUUUGAAACAGAUGAUGAGGAGAUCCGGCCGCCGGUGAUAUUUGAUAAAGUCAUUUUCAUGGUGGUCGAUGCAUUGAGGAGUGACUUUGUGUACUCCAAUAACUCUGGUUUCUUAUUUACCCAAAGCCUUAUCCGACAUGGCAAUGCUCUACCAUUCACGGCUUAUGCAAGUUCACCAACAGUGACAAUGCCCCGACUCAAAGCUAUGACAACAGGAUCUGUUCCGUCUUUCUUGGACGUGAUUCUGAAUAUUGCGGAAUCUGACACUUCGUCGACACUUGCCCAUCAAGAUACAUGGCUGGCGCAAUUAAAAAGGCGAGGUGAUCGCCUCGUCAUGUAUGGAGACGACACCUGGCUCAAGCUGUUCCCAGGAAUGUUUGAUAGGGCCGACGGGACUUCGAGCUUCUUCGUGUCGGAUUUUACCGAAGUAGACAACAAUGUUACGCGCCAUAUAGGCGAUGAGCUGCUUCAGGAUGACUGGUCAGCAUUUAUUAUUCAUUAUCUAGGCCUGGAUCAUAUUGGGCACAAAUCAGGCCCUCAAAGCUCUUACAUGAUACCGAAACAGCAUGAAAUGGAUUCAGUUGUAUCCCAGGUGUAUCUGGCUCUGGAGGAGGAGAAACACCUUGAAUCAACACUUUUUGUUUUAUGCGGCGAUCAUGGUAUGAAUGACGCCGGUAAUCACGGUGGCUCUUCCGUAGGUGAAACGUCACCGGCCUUGCUUUUCAUAUCACCCAAAUUUCAACCCAAGGGCGCGCAUGGCCAAAGCCCAAUAGAGCCUAUACAUGAUCUACAAUAUUAUCAGACCGUCGACCAGCCAGACCUUACGCCGACUCUUGCAAGUCUUCUUGGCUUGCCAAUUCCUUUAAAUAGUUUGGGUGUUGUCAUCCCGGAGCUACUUAUGAUGUGGGAUCACGGUCAUGAAAGAACCAAGAUCUUGUUAGACAAUGCCAGACAGCUGCUCAAAACUGUCAGGGGGUCAUUUCCACGUUAUGAGUUCGACCCCAAUAAAGUGACAGCCGACUGCGAUAGUGGGCAUGCAGAUGGGAUUGAAGCUGUUCAAUGUGCAUGGUUCCGUGUCCAUGACUUGCUACACAAAUCUGAUGGCUUGCACAACAAUGACAUACACCUCAACCUGGAAUCCACUCUCCUCAGUUUUUUGAGACUUGCCCAAAGAUUGAUGAGCAGUGCUGCUAGUGACUAUGACGUGAAAUAUCUCUACCUAGGUAUCGGCAUCACUAGCCUGGCUGUUUUUCUAUCUGUACCGGCGAUGCAUGGUCUACUCUCAACAUCUAGGCCGUCCAUAAUGUUCUUAGUCAUGAGCGUUCUAAGCUAUAACGCUCUGAUGUUCGCGAGCAGUUAUGUUGAGGAAGAACAACAGUUCUGGUACUGGUUAUUAACGGGCUGGAUGUGUUACUUACACAUCAAGUCACUCAGUCACCAACACACUAGUUUCUUCGGGAAAACAGGACCACGUUGGUCAUUUUCGUCGGUGCUCGCUAGGCUAGGUUUGGCAGGUUUGGCAGCGUCCCACCGUUUAGUGAGACGCUGGAAUCAAACCGGUCAGAAAUUUGCUGCAGAGCCAGAUAUCUCACGAGACUUUUUACGGUCCCAUCAGGACAUCCUAUGGUUCCUGAUCAUUCUAGCGUACGCAGUCACGGGCAAACGCCUUAUUUCCAACCUCCCUAAGAACGUGCUAUGGUAUGUUGUUGGCCCGUCUAUCACAUUAGCAGCUUUUCUGUACAAAGUCGUGUUUGUGGGAUCAGAGUCGCCGGAGCUCCUCACCGACUCAAUUUUGGAGCCUUUUGCGGCAAACAUCGGAGAAAUCCCGCUCAUUCCACAUGCAAGGUUUGUUCUUUGUGGAUUACUCCUGCUUAUGUUGUACUCGAUUUGCACUAUGGUGGUACCUCAAACAUUGCAUCGACAAAAUAGUGCAACGCCGACCAGAGUUUUCCAUGAGUCCCUCACUCUUUUCUUGAUGACACAGUCAAAGGCAACCAAUAUCCCCAUAUUUUUGGUUCUCAGAUUGCAGGCGAAUAUCCUCUCCUCAAUAAACCUCACUGCAACUGAGCUCACCAUUACAUCCCUGAUAAUGCAACACGUUACAUUUUUUGCAUUUGGUGGUUCUAAUUCAAUUUCAUCGGUUGAUUUAUCCAACGCAUAUAAUGGUAUUGGCAGUUAUAAUGUCAUACUCGUUGGUAUCCUGAUGUUCAUAGGCAAUUGGGCCGGCCCAAUUUGGUGGGUUUCAGCCAGCCGACUCCUUCGAGGUUCUCACAAUUCGCAGCGGUGGAACAAGAGAGCGCAUAUCACGGUUUUGACAUUUUAUGCUACCACAACCUUGGUGUCUGUCAUGGUUUCUUGUACAGUAUUAAGAGCGCAUCUUUUCAUCUGGACGGUCUUUUCUCCGAAGUACCUUUACACUAUGGUUUGGAUCCUCAUCAACUACUUCGGUGUGAACAUAUUGGGAAACGCCGAAUUGCCGGUCCUCAAGUCUCCAUGAAAAAGCCGGGAAGGGGGAUUCAUGUUAUGCACAUAUAUUCUUGCCCCAAUACC